GCACAAAUGGCAAUGAAACUUGCAGAAAGUAAUCACUAGAUGGACAUCUACAACUGAUUAUUUGUUUAAGUAAAUCCAAUUCACGAUGGUUGUCACAGCAGACCUACCUUUAAAAUAUCAAAACUGGUUAUUUUUCAGUCAAUUAGGCUCAUACUGACUUAAGURUUGGUGUGGUAGUAGCAGAAACUGAUCCCUAACACCAUUUCUAAAAACACACAGAUUGCACAAGACAUUAAAGAAAAUCUUGCAAUUUACUUUUGUCAAGUCAACACUGUCUGUCUGUUAGCAAAAUAUAUCUUGAACCACACAAUGGYUUUUAAUAAAAUUUCCAGGAAAUAAUCAUGCAAUGUACUUUUACAUCUGAUUUACUUUUASAGCCAACCCAAUUUAAGAUGGCCACCACAGCUAACUGAAUUUAGAAAGCCCAAAACUGGCUCUAAUUCAGUCAGUUUUACAGAGAUUGUGCUAAAAAUUUAGUGGGAUUGUUCCAUAGUCAUCCAGAACUCAUACUCUCACCACUGACACAUCAUYCCGCAUGAGAUUGCUUAUUGUUAUGUUUCUAUGCAUUUUUUAUUCAAUAAAGUUUGUUGAAAGUUCGACCAAUUAUAAUUAAUGUAGUGAAAAAUCUUUGCAGCGUCUCCUUGUUUUAAUGUUCCUCCAACAUGUCCUCACUCACCUGCUGUUUGGGUCCAGUUUUUAUCAUUGCAAGUGUUUUAAGGUCAUGGUUGCAGUUCCAGCGUUUCACCAGCAGGAGACAUGCUGCGUCACCUCAGCCAGCACACCUCGCCUCGAUUAUCCUGCAUGUCAMAGAGAGACUGCAUUGUCAGAGUUUGGAGGAAGGGCUUGCGUCAGACUCCUGCCGGCUAUAAAAGCACAGCCUGCUGCUGCAGAGAGCAGUACGGGCUUAAACCUGAGCCCUUGGUACAUCUCCACACACACACACAGGGAGAAGGGUAACAACCAAUCUCCAACCAUGAGCAGCCUUGGAUAUGACCCCUACUUCACCUCRUCGUUGUACAAGCGCUGGUAUGCUGAGCCAUCCCCUCGUGUUGUGGGGACCACCAGAGGGAGAACCCACUCCACCUACUCCUCCCAUGUCUCCCCGAUGUCCUCCUCCCGUCUGCAGUACUCCUCUCCCGGACGGGUGCUGUUCUCCUCCUCGGCGCCGGCCACGUCCCUGGAACUGGAGCUCAGCCAGGCGGCCCAGAUCAGCUCCGAGUUCCGGACGGUGCGCACACAGGAGCGCAGCCAGCUGCAGGACCUCAACGACCGCUUUGCCGGCUUCAUCGAYAGGGUACGGGAGCUGGAGCAGCAGAACCGGGCCCUGGAGGCCGAGCUGCUGCUGCUGAGGCAGAGGCACUCGGAGCCGUCCCGCCUCAGAGGUCUGUACGAGCAAGAAGCCCGGUCCCUGAGGGCAGCUAUCGAUGAGGCCAGGGUGGAACAGCAGGCUGUCCUGGGACAGCGAGAGCGACUGGAGCAAACCCUGACCUCUCUGCAGGGUAGAUAUGAGGAGGAAAUGCUGGCCCGAGAGGAGGCCGAGGGCAGGCUGAUGGAGGRCCGUCGUGAAGCAGACGAGGCCGCRUUGGGAAAAGCCGAGCUGGAGAAAAGUGUCGAAACUCUGCUGGAGGAGCUGGCCUUCCUCAAGAAGAUCCACGAAGGCGAGGUGGCUGAACUCCAGGCUCAAGUCCAGUUGGGCGUUCAGGUGGCCGUGGAGUCUGAGGCCGCGGCGCCGGACCUCUCUGGGGCUUUGAGGGAGAUCCGGUCCCAGUACGAAAGGCUGGCAGCCAGGAACAUGCAGACAGCUGAAGAGUGGUUCCGGAGUAAGGUGGGCACGCUAACAGAAACGGUGGCCCACCACACCAGCGCCGUGAAAAGCUCCAAAGACGAGGCGGGCGAGUACCGACGCCAGCUMCAGGCCCGCCUGCUGGAGAUCGACGCCUGCAGAGGCAUCAACGACUCCCUGGAGAAACAGCUGCACGACGUAGAGGAGAAGCAGAGCGCAGAGAUAGCCGCCAUGCACGACACUAUUGCAGAGUUGGAGGGUGAGCUGAGGGGCACCAAACAGGAAAUGACACGKUACCUGAAGGAGUACCAGGACCUUCUGAAUGUCAAGAUGGCUCUGGAUAUCGAGAUCGCUGCAUACAGGAAACUUCUGGAGGGGGAGGAGACUCGCUUCAGUGUGGGCGUGUCCGGAGUCGUGUCCUCCAUGUAUGCUCCCAGCAUGGCCAUGCCCACCUUCUCCGUCCUCUCCAGCCUGAGCUCCGGGACCUCCUACCUGGUGACCUCCCGCCUGCUCAGCUCCAGCGUCAGCACCACAGAGGGCAUCAUCUCUGCCAGCCACGCCCAGCAAGCAGAGGCCAGCCCGCCUGCUGAAGAGGAGGAGGAGGAAGAAGAGGGAGGAGAGGAAACAGAGGAGAAACAGGAGGAGGAAGAGGGAGGAGAGGAGGAGGGAGGUGAAGAAAAAGAAGAUGUGGAGGAAGCACAAGAGGAGGCUAAAGAGGAAGACGAGGGUGGCGAUGAAGAGGAGCAAAAAGAGGAGGCUGAGGAGGCUGCUGAAGGUAAAGGUGAGAAGGAAACAAAAGAUGAUGAAGAAGAAGAAACUGAGGCUACAGGAGAAGCAGAAGAGGAGGGAAAAACAGAGGGAGCUGWGGACAAGGAAGAGCCUAAAGAUAGGGAAAAGGAGGAGAAAGAAGAGUCUACAAAGAGUGAGGAGAAACAGGAGUCAAAAAAGAGUGAGGAGAAAGAGGAGAAAUCUGACCCCAAGAAGGAAGACAAAGCUGACAAGGCCAAAGAACCUGCUCCGAAAAAAGACGACCCCAAAGAGAAAACAACCAAGCCUGAGCCCGCUGAAGAAAAGAGCACAAAGGAGAAAAAGUAACCAAAACAACAGUGGGUUGUGACCGUGCAAGUCGUAUCCAGAGAACCCGACCAGCUGGGCAACACGGUGCUCAGCAGAUCAAUCCAACAGCAACAAAUCAACGUUAACUGCUUGCCAAUACGAAGAAUCUUCCAUAACAACCUGAUCGCACAAAUGCCAGUUACUGUAGCACAUGUAGCUGCUGAAUGCUAAAGUGAGUGUUUGAGUUUUUGGUGGUGAAAUAAAAUAUUCUUAAAGCCAUGAUUCUGUGUGUGU